AUGAGAGAGGGAACAGCCAAAAGGUUGAAUUUAUUCCAGUCCCAAUGCACUAGAAACAAACAUGGCAAAGUGAUCAGGCCUCUGCAGUACCAGUCAACAGUGGCACCAGGCACGGUUGCAAGAGUGGAACCAAAUAUUAAGUGGUUUGGCAAUACCCGGGUGAUCAAGCAGUCCUCCCUGCAGAAGUUCCAGGAGGAGAUGGAAACGGUCAUGAAGGACCCGUACCGGGUGGUGAUGAAGCAGAGGAAGUUGCCCAUGUCUCUGUUCCACGACCGGAUCAAACCACACACCUCCAGGGUUCACAUUCUGGACACGGAGACGUUCGAGGCGACGUUCGGGCCGCGGGCGCAGCGCAAGCGGGCGGCGCUGGGCGGGCCAGACCUGCAGGCCCUGCUGGAGGGUGCCCAGGCCUCCAACAGCGCCUACGACCGCGGCCGCGACCGCGACCUGGUCACCGAGGACACCGGCGUCAGGGAUGAAGCACAGGAGGAUAUCUACAGGAAAGGACAGUCCAAAAGAAUCUGGGGUGAGCUCUACAAGGUGAUAGACUCAUCAGAUGUUGUUGUUCAAGUUCUUGAUGCCAGGGAUCCCAUGGGAACUCGCUCCCCGCAUGUGGAAUCUUACCUGAAAAAGGAGAAGCACUGGAAACAUCUCAUUUUUGUCCUGAACAAAUGUGAUCUUGUUCCUACCUGGGCUACUAAGCGCUGGGUCGCCAUCCUCUCCCAGGAGUAUCCAACACUUGCUUUUCACGCCAGCCUCACAAACCCUUUUGGCAAAGGUGCCUUCAUACAGCUCUUAAGGCAGUUUGGAAAGUUACAUUCUGACAAGAAGCAGAUCAGUGUGGGUUUCAUUGGUUAUCCCAACGUUGGCAAAAGCUCAAUCAUCAAUACCCUGAGGUCUAAGAAGGUCUGCAAUGUGGCACCUAUUGCAGGUGAAACAAAGGUCUGGCAGUACAUCACCCUGAUGCGGAGGAUCUUUCUCAUUGACUGCCCAGGUGUGGUUUAUCCAUCUGGAGAUACAGAAACAGACAUUGUGCUGAAGGGAGUGGUUCAAGUUGAAAAGAUUAAGAGCCCUGAAGAUCAUAUCAGUGCUGUGCUGGAAAGAGCCAAACCAGAGUACAUCAGAAAGACGUACAAAAUUGAUUCCUGGAAGGAUACAGAAGAAUUCCUUGAGAAACUUGCUGCUAGGACUGGAAAGCUGCUAAAGGGUGGUGAACCUGACACACAAACGGUGAGCAAGAUGGUUCUCAAUGACUGGCAGAGAGGCAGAAUUCCCUUCUUUGUGAAGCCACCCAAUGCAGAGCUAGGUCCCCAGCCUCCUGUGUUGGAAGUACCUGUGACAUCAAGCCAAGAUAAUGAUGAGGAGAAGAUCUCUGAGCCCGUGGCAGCAGGUGUGGAGCCAGCAGAAGAGAAUAACCCAAGCACUGAAAUGAAGCAGCUCAUGUCCCAUGUUCGGCAGAACUUUGGGAGGAUUAAUGUGGCACCUGAGUUCUCAGAAGAAGACCUGGUUCCUGUAGACGUGCCAGGCUUUGAUGAAACAGACAGUGACUCUUCUGGAGAGGAGGAGCAGGAAGAGGAGAAAGAGGAAAAUGGGCAACAUCAAGAUUCAAUGGAGGAGGAACCACAAGUGGCUGCACCAGUUGUCAAGGAGAGCUCAAAGGCAGUUCUUCAGGCUUUGGAGGAGAAGAUUGCAAAAUACAAGAAAUUCCUGGAUAAAGCCAAAGCCAAGAGAUUCUCAGCAAUAAGAAUCCCUAAGCAGCUGAGUGAAAAAGUGUUUGCAAAAUCCAUGCAGAAAUCUGAAGAACCCAAAGAAACUGAAGAUGGAGGCAGCACAGGGAAGAAAAGGAAAAGGAAAGCAGGAGAGGAAGAUGAUGAUGAACAUUUGGAUGAACAGCCUUGCAAGAAACUUACAUCUAAAGAAAGGAGACGGGCCGAGCGGCAGCAGCGCCCCAAGAAAGUUGGAGUCCGCUAUUAUGAAACUCACAACGUGAAAAAUAAGAACAAGGACAAGAAAAAAACUGGCUUGGAGGGACAAAGAUCAAAGCACAAAAAAUACAAGCAUAAGCAAUAAGUACUUAUUCUAUUAAAUUUUACAUAAAACAGCUCUAGUAUGCAGUGGCUUUUUUAAUAUAAAACUUGCAGUUGCCAUC